ACAUCUCAAUUGAGUUAUGAGGAGAUAAAUCUUAAACAGCAUUUUUGUAUCGAACGGAAAUUUUAAGUGUAAAGCAAUUUUUAAAUUAAGAAAAUGACGACUGCACUACAGUUGCUACUUUUAUCCAUUAGCAUAUUAUUGCUUAAUGGGGAACAUUCAAUGUCUUGUACGUAUAGUAGGAAUAGAAAACAUAAGCUGGUUGCUCAUUGUGAAAAUCAACGAUUUACAUCUGUGCCAAUGAAUCUCAGUCGAGAAAUUGACGAAUUAAUACUUUCAAAUAACCUAAUACGCGUGUUGACAAACAAUUCAUUCUUCAAUUAUUCGAAAAUGGAAAGUCUGAUUUUAAGCAAAAGUAAUAUAUCGGAAAUUCAAGAGGAUGCUUUUGCUGGAUUGAAAUCACUUAAAGUUUUGAAGGUAAACGAUAAUUUCAUUAACAUCAAAAUCCUCACAAAGAAAGUUUUCAGUCAUCUAAGUAAUUUAAUUGUCCUUAAUAUUAGUCGAAAUAAAAAGCCAUUUUAUCCAAACAGUCCGUUUAUUUAUCCUGAUGUCACACUUUCUACAUUGGAACAUUUACGAAAUCUCUCGAUUGAUUUAUUUAUGUUCCCUGUAUUUGGAACAGGAUUUACUUCACUUCAGAACCUUACCUCGUUAAACUUUGAACAAUGCUAUUUGUAUAAUAGUAGUGGAUUUAAGCUAAUGAACUCAACCUUUAAAAACUUUUCACCGAACCUGAAAGAACUCUACAUCAGAGGCUGUCACCAUUUUUUUCUAAUAGAGGAUGGAUUGUUGGAAUAUUUUCCUAACUUAAAAAUUUUAGAUCUGUCAGAAUCCUACGUUCACUUGUAUCAAGCAAUGCGUAUUCUACAUCCAUAUCAGGAUAAGAACAUGUCUGGUUUAAACUUUCACCACAUAACUGAUAGUUCAAUCAAUGGAAAUGAUUUUCCGUACUCUGUUUUUAUAACAGUAGCUUUAAUGAAAUAUCUAAGAACUAUUUGUAUUGAUUCAUUGGACUUGUCGAAAACAGGAAUUGUGGAUUACCAACAAAAUUCUUUAUUUUCCUUCGAACACCCAGAAUGCUUCAACACUUUCAUUAUAUCUGCCAAUAGACUGCCAUCUACGACUGCAGAUCACUACAUUGAAGCUAUUACAUUUGCAAGAAAUGCAGUUAACAUGAAGGUUUAUGAUUUUUCAUACCUUACUGCAGAUUAUUCCCAUCCUGCUUAUUUAAAUGUUUACGACCCGGAAGCCUUCUAUCAUUUUUCAAAAAGGACCCAAAAAAUUGAAGUCCAUCCGAAAAUAAAGUUUUCUCUUCCGUCCUCUAUUGAAUUUCUUCGAUUUAGUUAUAUGGUAUCCACGUUGAACUCAGCUUCUGUCACAUGUGCGAACACAUCGCUUACAUAUCUUGAUGUUUCAUUUAGUGUUUACCACUAUUUUCCAGAUUUGACGAACGACUGUGGAAAGCAACUGGAAUAUUUAGACGUUUCUGGAAUUCCGGUAACAGUAGUUACAUUCCCGUCAAUACUCUUGCCAAAACUAUCUACAUUAAAAAUGACCAAUGCUCGCAUAGAUCAGGCAGUACUUAAAGGUAAACAAUGGAUUUUUUUUAUAGCUCCAGAGAUAAGAAAAAUAGACAUAUCUUUUAAUAAUCUCUGGACUUUGGAGGAAUCAACAUUUUUAGGUCAGCCAAAUAUAACACAUCUUAAUAUGUCAAACAACCUUUUAAGGACCAUUCCAACUUUUGUUACGAGACUUGAAAAGUUGGAAUCUUUGGAUCUUUCUGGUAAUUUGAUUACUUCUAUAGAUGGUAAGAUAAGGCUUUGGAUGGAUAAAAUGAUACUUUCAAAUCGCAGUCUUCUCCUGAAUUUGAAUAACAACGCUUUGGUAUGUUCAUGUGAUACAUUGGGCUUUCUUCUGUGGUUUGCACAAACAAAAGUAACAUUCUAUAACGGAGACACUUACAACUGUACAAUGUCAAAUGACAAGCAAGCCGUAUUAAGGGAGGUAAUACAAAAUACAAAGAAAAACUUUUCAGACUGCAAAUCUACUAUGUGGCUUCAUGUUGGAAUAGUAUUGGUUGCAAGCACUUUCUGUAUUUUAAUACCUCUUAUAGUCAUUUAUAACUAUAGAUGGAAAAUAAUUUUGUACAUUUAUAGGAAAGUCAGACGGGUUGUUGAGAAAGAUUUACACGAAAACUUUAUGUACGACGCAUAUUUUUCAUAUGAAGAAAGAAGCGUUACAUGGAUAAAAAAGUUUCUUCUUCCAAAAAUUGAAGGAGAAUGGGGGUUAAAGGUGUGUUUACACGAUCGAGAUCUUCUUCCUGGUGAUAUAACGGCAGAUGCUAAAGCAGAAUCAAUUCAGCAAAGCAGACAUUUUGUUUUCAUAAUUACUGAAUAUUUUACCAAAGGAAAGUGGGGAAGAUUCGAAAUAGAUUGAGCAAAGUACGAAAAAUAUACUACACACCUUAGAAAAAUUAUUGUUAUUUUACAAAAUAUUCAAAUCAAGGAUAUUCCAGAAGAGAUUGUGAACAUUUCAAAUGAUGUAUGCUUUAUUGAAUUGUCAUUUGUCAAAAGGGAGACUGCUGACAAUAAAGACAAUGGAAGCCAAUGGCUAAAAUUGAAGGCCCUGCUUUAUUUGAAUUAGAAAAUACAAAUGUUUGAUGAACGAAGGGAUUUAAAUCAUUUUGCAAAUGGAGAAAUGGGUCUCUAAAAACAAAACUGUAUACUAGUAUACAACGAUUCUAGAUAUAACAAACGUUGUCAUUGAAAGCCAUAUAUUCACGAAGGGCAGAUCCUAAAAAACUAACAAUAACAGUACACAAAUUACUAAACCGGAAAAUUUAUAUAGAACAACAUGAAAAUUGGAAAAUUCUUGAAUAUAUCGAAUGAUCUAAACUUUAUUGAAAAGCAAUUUGCCGAAAAGCAAAAAAGGUGAAAUGCAGCCAACAGUUAUAUUGAGGGCUCUGCUCUAACUGAAUUAAAAGAUAUAAAAA